ACUGACACUGACAUUUCCUCUUGUAACGUCUUUGUAUCCAUGCAUCCAUAAAUAAACACCCGGUCCAAAUUUACCUUUUAAAACAAGUAAAUUUAAAGUAAAUCGUUACUAAAUCAACCAAAAAAUGGACGCCGUUGAAAAUAAUUUAUUGAGAGUAACGCAAGCUAUCGAAAAGCAAGUUGAUGCAGUAAUAGACCAAAUAGACAAUUUGGACACCAACGACCUGGAACAGCUAAAAAUAAAUAGAAUAAAAGAACUGAAGAAGCUAGAAGAACAGAAAAAGAUAUGGUUGAGUCGUGACCAUGGGAAAUACGAAGAAUUGGCAGAGGAGAAAAUGUUUUUCGACCUCAUCAAGAAGUCUGAAAAUGUUAUCAUACAUUUCUAUAGAGAUUCAACCCUUAGAUGCAAAAUUGUAGACAAACAUCUAAAGAUUCUUGCUCCCAAGCACAUCGAAACCAGGUUUACUAAAUUAGAUGCCGAAAAAUGUCCGUUUUUAGUUGAAAAAUUGAAAGUGAAAACGUUACCCACCAUUGUUCUUAUUCAAAAUGGUGUUAUGGUAGACAAGAUUGUAGGUUUCAGCCAGUUGGGCAACACAGACGAAUUCACAACAGACAUACUUGAAUGGAGAAUAGCCCAAAACGGUGUAAUAAAGUAUGAAGGAGACCUAUCGAUACCCCCAGAUCAUACUGAAGAGAAAAAGAAAAUUUUCAAAACAAUUAGGAGCAGGAAUGAUGAUGAUGACGACGAUUUAGACAUAGAAGAGUAUGGUAUAAUGAGGGAAUCUGCCAAAUCCGAAACCAGACUCAAAAAUGAUAUUCCAGAGCUAACGCCAGAAGAAGCAGCUGAGUUGGGUAUAGAUUAAAGUGGAGUGAAUAUGCUAAUGGAUAAGGUGCCUAGAGUAUAUUUAUAUAAAGUAUUUUAUAAUACUGAAACUAUAAUUGAAAUAAUGUUGAUAUUUUGUUACAAUGUUUAUUCCUUAAUAUUUAUUAGAUCUCCACUUUAUUGAUGCCAACCAGUGUUUGUUUAACUUUAAGUUUUGGAUGCCUAAUAUUAACGUACACAUGUAACACAUGCUUUUUAAUUUUUUUAUACUGAUUUAAGUAAAGAAACAUUUUCAUAAA